GUUAAAAAAAAAAUUAAAAAAAAAUAAAUGACUGUGACAGGUCAUGUGACUUAAAUGUGUGUGUGUGUCCCCAAGUAUUUGCUAUCUUAGUAAUUGUUUCCAUAUAUACAAAAGUCUCUGAACUUUCACUGUUUCUACCAAUACCUGUUCAUCACUCUAGCUUUACCAUCCUUCCUGACAUCUAGUGAGAAGAUGCCCUCACCUUGUCCUUCCUCAGGUACAGGCAGCAGUGUUUGGCUACUCCUGGAUCUUUGUUUUUCCAUAGAAAUUUUACAAUCUGCUCUUCAAGACCCAUCUACUCCCCCAAAAGAGAAAGGUGUCCUGUUGGGAUCUGAAUUGGAUUUUUUUUUUUUUGUAUAUUUAAAAGAUUAUUCUUUAGAAUGUUAUAGUAAGAUAGAUGAUAAACUGCAUGUAUGUGAAGUGUGUAAUUUGCUGAGUUUUGUGAAAGGAUCAACAGGCCUGUGGCUACAGAUUUACUGCACUCGUCCUCGGAAGAGGAAAAGAAAAAAUGUGAAACGAAAUGGCUAGUUCAAAGACCAAAUUCCUAUAUUAUGGAUGUAAAAUGUCCAGGUUGCUCCAAGAUUAUCACGGUUCUCAGCCAUGCUCAGACUGUGGCUCUCUGUGGAGGCCCUUCAGCAGUGUCGUGCCAGCCCACAGGAGGAAAGGCCAGACUCACAGAGGGGUGUUCAUUUAGAAGAAAGCAACAUUAAUAAUCCACACAACCUCUUGAAUUUGUGUUAAGUCACAGAAAGCCUUAUUAGUUCAGUAAUUCCAGUUAAUCUACCAAAAUACUGGAAUUAUGUUUAAUUUUGUAAGGUAUACAACAGUGAUCUAUUUUGGUGUCU